UGUCAAGUUAUGUCUGUCAAAAAAGGGACUCUUGAAGUAGGUCUCAAUUCGUUUGUUGUUAAUAAUAACUUUAUCAUAAAAGCAUUACUCUGAAAUUUAAAACAAUGGCGCAUAAAGUGAAAGACGCUGUAAAAAAAUUUCUUUUGCUUGGCCAAUGUGUACCUACUGUGAAGCAAAAUGCAACAAAAAUUCGUGUGAAGAGGUUAGAAUUGGAUGAAAAUUUAUUAAUGUAUUUCAGAAAAGAUGAAUUCUACUAUUGCCAUGAUCCAAAUAAAAUGUGCAAGACUGGGGAUAUCGUUUUAAUCAAAGCAUUACCUCAUAAAAUGACAAAACUAAUAACACACGAAGUAAAGGAAGUAGUACACCCGUUUGGUGAUGUUACAGACCCUAUUAGUGGAAAAAAAGUUGCGAAAGAAAGGUACCGUGAAGAUAUUGAUAGACAAGCAGAACUGUACGGGAAACUCGAUUCUACAUUUGAUUACGAUAAAGCACCACCCAGAGGUUGGCAGGAGGGAAAGAAAGAUUUUACAUCAAAACCUACAUAUACGAAAUUCCAUGUUUUUGAUGAGAAUGAUCCUUAUGCAAUUUAAUUUUAGAUAUAUAAGUUUAAUAUGAUGUAAUUUAUAGAUAGUGUAAAUAUGUGAUUAGACUGCCA